AUCGAAACACAUGAAAAAAGCAUAAACACUAAUUUUUUUGUUUGCAAACAAGCUUUGUUGUUUGACAUUCUUUUUCAUCAAUUCAAUUUUUGGAAAUUAUAAUCUUAAAAAGAUGCCAAAAUAUUAUUGCGAUUAUUGUGAUACUUUUCUUACACAUGAUUCGCCAUCCGUACGUAAAACUCAUUGUAAUGGACGUAAACAUAAGGAAAAUGUUCGAUUCUAUUAUCAAAAAUGGAUGGAAGAACAAGCACAGAAUUUAAUCGAUGUUACAACGGCUGCAUUUAAAGCUAACAAAGCUUUAGUACCACCAGCUGCAUUAGCAGCAAUGCGACCACCAAAUGCACCACCAAUUCUUCCACCACAAGGAUUACCUCCUGGUGCAAGAUUUCCACCUGGUGCUCCACCACCGAUGCCAAUUCCACCUGGCCGUUUACCAUUAUUACCAAAUGUUCCACCGGGAGCUCCACCACCACCACCCGGUGUACCGCCAAUGAUGUUACCACCAAUGCGACCACCAUUACCAGGUCAAAUGAUACCUGUAUCUUCUGCUAAUUCUGUUAUUAACUCAUCUGGAAUACCACAGCCACCACCACCAAAUCUAAUUCCAGGACAACCACCAUUACCACCAAAUUCAUUGCAACAAGGACCACCAGGUGUAUUUCCGCCGAUUCCGGGUCAAUUACCUCCACAACUUAAUAUUUCACAUCAAUCAAGGCAUUGAAAAAAAAUUUUGAAAAAAUCUCAUCACACACAAACACACGUCAUAGGUCAUUAAAAAAAUGUAUGAUGAUGUUCAAUUUAAUUGUCACUUAGU